AUGUACGAUAAGAUUUUCGUUCUAUUGACUGUAGUGGGUGUGAGUGUCGUUUCUGCCAAAGCACAGCUGUUUGCACAGAGUACUCCGAAUGGUUACGUAACAAAUCCCACCGCUGCGCCAGUGACAUUCCCACCGUUUGGCGCAAAUGUUGCAGUGCAGGGACAAAGGUAUCCGACGCUAAGAGAUUUUUCUAACGUGCCGUUUGGAGAAUAUGCAACAUCUAACCCAUUUCAGCAGCACGGAGCUUAUGAUUGCAGUUUAUGUAAAAGAAAAUUAAAUAGCACAGAUGACGAAGUACGAAUCGGUUCCCCUAAACAAUUUUCUCAAGAAUUCCCCCAAUCAGUAACAUCAACACUUCCAAAUUCAAGCGACAGCUUAAAUUUUGGCUUUAAUGAACCAUCAUUUCCGACGUCUGACGCAUCUAGUUCCAGUCAACAGAUACCUGAGUCUUCAGCACAAAAUAGCGCUUUACAUCGUGAAAAUGUGGCCAUAAUAUCUUCAGAUCCGAAUCCGAAUUCUCAGAACUUACAAACCUCGACAGCACCUUCAUUAUUAGAACAAAAUACAAGAUCGUAUCUUCCUAUGACUUCUUCUAAAUCUGAGUUAGGUUCUGGUUCGUCAUCACAACAAACAUCUGAAGAAAGUGAAUCUACUUCCUCUAUUAAACCUUCAUAUUCGACUUCAAAUUCAUUACAGAAUUCACUUAAACCAGUGGAUACUGGCCUCCCUGAAAUUUCGGUAAGAUUUGGAGCUGAAUCUUCAACAAGUAAACCAUACGGAGCUCUUGCUCAAGCACAGUCUCCGUAUAAUCCGUUGAGCUAUGUUCCUCAAUCAACAGGAAUACCGUAUACGCCUCCAGCUCAGCCUUACUCUUCAAAUGGUUUCUUAGGUUCUCCUAAUUUCUUAGCCGGAAUCUCGAAAACUCAGGUGUACUCACCCUUCUCAAACUCUUACCCUUAUCCUACAGGAAUAUCGAAUCAAGCUUUUGCACACUCUCCUUAUGGUUUUUCGAACUUUUCUCCUUAUACUAGUAAUUCGGUAUACUCAGCACCUUCCGGGUUCAAUGGCAUUGGUUUUAAUCCUGCUUUAUCUGCUCCCAAUAAUGUGCCAGUAUAUAGUAACAGUUAUUCUACGAAUGGAAGAAUAUAUUAUCCUGGCCAAUCACAAAUCCCAUCUAACUACCCAUUUGGUUAUAACAGUAACACUUUUUACCAAAAUACUGCGUCCCCACCACUGUUUAAUUAUCAAAAUUCGAAUUUUAAUUCAGCUCAAGCUUCACCAACUUCAACGCCAUUCGUAUCUCAACCGUUUAAUGCCGGGCAAUCUUCUUUUCCUCAGACCCUAGGUGGUUCAGGAUUUUUAAAUAACGGAGCACCACGCCCAGGAUUUUCUAACUUUGGUUCUCCUACAGCAUAUACUCAAACUUAUUCAGGAGCUUUGCCUUAUAGCGUUCCCGAUCUGAGACAGUCUAGUUUUGUUUCAUCCACUGCUGCUACGCCAACAUACUCGGGCUCACCGUAUAGUACUCCUAGUCUGGUACAGUCCGGUUAUCCCUCAUCUACUGCAGCCACUCCGACUUAUUCCACUGCACUUGGAUUACCUCAAGUGAAUUACAAUGGUCAACCAGCUCAAUAAAAACGGACACUAU